AUGCUGAGAGGCACUGGGGAACAGCCCAAGGAAAAUCCUCAGCCGGCCCCCCGGCGAAUCUUCCAGGAGAGGCAGAGGAUCACGGGUUUGCCUUUGUACUUCCAAGGUUACCUCUCUGUCCGGCGCUCAAGAUGCCAGCAGUUCUUUCACUUUCAGCAUUUUGGAGGAAUUUUGCUCUUCUUUUAUGAUGAUAAGAAAGCUCCAACAUACUCACAGAAAUUAGAUAUAUCAACUUUGACCUCAGCAACCAAUGUUUAUCCAGAUGAAAAUGGCUCCGCACAGUUCAUCCUGAUGCUGUCAAACGGGGAACUAGAACUGAAGGCUAAUGACUGUGAAUGUGGGAAAGAAUGGAAGGGUUUUAUUCUCACCGUAACAAAGCUGUCACUUCCACCAGCUGAGUCAUUACUACCUGGGCAACUUACAAGAAUGCAUGAAGUGCUAGAGAAGGAAAAGAAAAGAAGGAUUACACUUAACAACUGUUGCAGCACAUCCCCAAACAGAAAAAACCCUCCCAGCACUGCACUGACCACCAUGCCAGUGUGCUUCUAUGCAGUAUCUCGGCAAGAAGCGACAGAGAUGUUACAAAAGAACCCUUCAUGUGGGAAUUUGAUCCUGCGUCCCGGAAGCGACAGCAAGAACUACGCAAUCACUGUCCGACACGAGCUGGAUGCCCCACGCUUAAAGCACUACAAAGUGAUGUCCAAAGGAACAAGUUAUGUUAUUGAAUUGGAAAGACAGGUGACGCUCCCAAGCCUUCAGGAUGUUGUCAGUUACUUUGUGACUCAAACCCGAGGGAACCUGAAGCCCUUUGUCAUACAGACGCACACUGCAGAGGACCCAGUGUGCUGA